AUGCUGCUCUUCCCCCCAGGACACAGCGGUAUCAACCAGUUGGGAGGAAUCUAUGUCAACGGACGGCCGUUACCAGACUCCACACGUCAGAAGAUCGUAGAACUGGCCCACAGUGGUGCUAGACCCUGCGAUAUUUCACGAAUCCUUCAGGUGUCUAACGGCUGCGUUUCCAAGAUCCUAGGCCGAUAUUACGAGACCGGGUCCAUUCGGCCCCGGGCCAUCGGUGGGAGCAAACCUCGAGUGGCAACUCCCGAUGUUGUGAGCAAUAUCGCCCAAUACAAAAGGGAAUGCCCUUCUAUUUUUGCCUGGGAGAUUCGAGAUAGAUUGUUAUCCGACGGGAUAUGCACUAACGACAACGUCCCAAGUGUAAGUGUGAAGAUUUUAUUAACAUCCCUGUAA